AUGUCAACCGCUGGAGCAGAGACCACCCCCGCCCUUCCGGACUACGUCCUGGACCCGGAUGCAGUCUUGAAAGACACAGACGCAUCAUGGAGAUACAAACGCGUCCCUAAUUACUCUAAGACUCGAGCAUUCUAUGAAAGCAGCAAGAAAAUGAGCCACGAAGCCGGUAGCCUCCCCAGUUUGGUCCAGAACCUUGUCAAGAACUGGGAAAUCGAAGCCUCAUACAAGACCUCGCUGAAAGACUGGCGGACGAUCGACCAGGAUAACUAUACUUUCCAUCUAAACGGGGGACCGGCGCAGUCCGGUGAAGACAUGCUGCGCGUAGGGACGUAUAAUGCCCUCCUGACGCCGAGCCAGUACUAUGAUCCCGAACACAAUGACUUCGAGAAGAGCCACAAGUCCUUUAAGCGGAUGAUGCCCACAUUCGCCUGGGAGGUGUUGGAGGUAUACAGUGGACCUCCGGUGGUGGUUUUCAAAUGGAGACACUGGGGCGAGAUGCUCAGUGAUUAUACGGGAUACAACAACCAAGGCGAAAAAGUCACCAUCAAGCCCCACGGCGGCCUCAUUGAUAUCCAGGGCUUAGUCGUUGCCAAAGUCAAUGACAAGCUCCAAUUACAAUCCAUCGACGUCUGGUACGAUCCCAUGGAACUAUUCAACCAGAUCGCACGAGUCGCCAAAGAACAGGGGAUAGAGCCAGAGACCUCUGCGCCGACGACGGGGGCGUGUCCUUUCAGCGGCGCUGGCAAGGCAUCAUCGGGAUAG